AUAACCGGAGGCUGGGUGUUUUAUUGCCGUUAACGGGACAGCGGAGCAGGACGCAGGAACGCAGCGGGUAUCAGCGUCGGUGUCGGAGACAGAGGGAGGACCGGGACUGUUACAGAUCAGAAUCCCGUUUCCUCCAGGUUAAUCCGGAUUUAGAAGGAAACCAUGGAAAACGUUACCGCGGCUCGUCUGAUGAGGUGAAACUACGAAUUUGACCGCUGAGGGUAGAAACCGCACAACACUGCUGCUCUUCUUCAUCUCCACCAUUUUGGUUGUCAGUGAUGGAGCACAUCCGGACGCCCAAGGUGGAACAUGUGCGUCUCCUGGACCGGUCCUCGGGCCAGAGGAAGGCCAGCAUUGGGACUCUCUACCUUUCUGCUACACACUCCAUCUUUGUCGAGAACAACCCUGAGACACGCAAGGAGACGUGGGUGUUGCACAGCAUGGUGAGCAGUGUGGAGAGGCCGGCCAGCAGUCCUGCGGGGAGCCAGCUGAUCCUGCGCUGUAAGGACUUCCGGGUCUUUUAUAUCCUGGUCCCUCAGGAAAGAGACUGUGUGGACGUCCAUGCCUCACUGGCCAGGUUGUCACGACCAGAGAAGUACAUUGAGCUGUACUGCCUCUCCUUCAAUCCCAAUGUGAACAAAGAGGAGAGGGAGGAGUCAUGGAACUUCAUCGACCUUGUGUCAGACUACAAGAGGAUGGGAGUUCCUAACAACCUGUGGGUGACGACAGCAGCCAACAGUGAAUACAGGGCGUGUGACACCUACCCCUCAGAGCUGUUUGUUCCAAAGUCGGCCACACCCACCAUCAUCGAUGGCAGCUCAAGGUUCAGGAGUCGAAGACGAUUUCCUGCUCUGUCCUACUUCCACCAGGACACACUGGCUGCAGUGUGCCGGUGUAGCCAACCUCUGUCAGGAUUCAGUGGACGCUGUCAGGAGGAUGAGAUGAUGCUUCAGGCUGUGAUGAAGUCCAACCCUGGCAGUGACUACAUUUAUGUGGUGGACACCAGGCCCAAGCUGAACGCCAUGGCCAACCGAGCGGCAGGUAAAGGCUACGAGAACGAGGACCACUACACCAACAUUAAGCUGCAGUUCAUCGGCAUCGAGAACAUCCAUGUGAUGAGGAGCAGCCAGCAGAAGAUCAUUGACGUGGGUGAGAUGCGGUCUCCCUCCAUGACGGACUUCCUGUGGGGUCUGGAGAACUCUGGUUGGCUCAAACACAUUAAAGCCAUACUGGAUGCUGGAGUCUUCAUAGCCAGGGCCGUGGCUGAUGAAGGAGUUAGUGUCCUGGUCCACUGCUCAGACGGCUGGGACAGGACCGCCCAGGCCUGCUCUGUGGCCAGUAUACUGCUGGACCCCCACUACAGGACCAUCACAGGACUGAUGGUGCUGAUAGAGAGAGACUGGGUUUCCUUUGGACACAAGUUUUCCCACAGGUGCGCCCACCUGGAUGGAGAUCCUAAGGAGGUGUCCCCCGUUAUUGAUCAGUUCCUGGAGUGUGUGUGGCAGCUGUCAGAACAGUUCCCAUGCGCCUUCGAGUUCAAUGAGCGCUUCCUCAUCGCCAUACACACACACGCCUACUCCUGUCAGUAUGGGACCUUCCUGGGCAACUGCCAGAGGGAACGCAGGGACAUGAGGCUUCGUGAGCGGACUCACUCUCUGUGGCCUCACCUGUGGAAGGAUAGAGCCGACUAUACCAACCCUCUGUACAAGGCUGAGCUGAGCCAGAGUCAGGGCGUCCUGAGACCCAACACCACCCCCUACUGCUUCAAGAUGUGGAAAGGUCUCUACAACCACAUGGAGAAAUCGAUGCCUCCUCACCAGUCACCUGCCGACUUCCUGUCUGCCGUGAGGGAGGAGUCCCAGCAGCUGGAGGAGGAGCUGACCAAUCACCAGGAGAGGAUAGCUGCCCUGACAGGGCAGCCAAUCACGUGGGAGAAGAUUGAGGUUCCAAGGAGGAGGAGGACCACCCACCUGCCGCAGAGACACUGUGGGCCGGACCCGCCCACCGCUUACACAGACCCAAUCACCAGCCCUGCACAGGACACCGGUCAUACAGUCUCCUCUCAACCAGCCAAUCAGAAGGCUCAGACCAAGGACCCAACUCUCACCCUGCAGAUAGAGCCACACACACAGAUCAAGAGUCACGACCCUGACGACCUCUCCACCUGCAGCGACCUGGAGUCGGGCGUGGCCGACCUCAGCAGCCGCUCGUCCAGCGGCGGGGACUACGCCAAGGACCCGGAGUUAGAAUGAGGACGCCUGUGCUACUGCCUGACUGGAAAACAGGGUGAAGGUGACAGAGGAAAUGACAAGAGUCCUAAAAAUAUUUAUUCAAACAGCUGGAGAGGAAGAGGAGGGAGGAAGAUUAAAGAUGGAAAUUAGUUUCUCCUUUGUUUUCACAUUAAAGAGAGAAACAUCAGUUUCCUGUGUUUCAGUUUGAGAGGCUGCUUUUAUACGUGAUGUUUAUUUAUUGUUGUUUGUAUUUAGUUUCAGGGAUGAACUGUUACUGUGACACACAGGGGUCAGGGGGACGAAGAUCGAUGUGUCUCUGUAGUUGCCAUGCUUCACUUUCCCUCCUCAUCACCAUAAUUCAACAUGAUGAUUCACUCUUCUUCACUGAUAAUCUCCUGUCACUCACAUCAUGUCUCAGCAUCAUGAUCCCGGUCCAGUCUGGACCUAGUCAGGUGUGAGGGGCCAAGAGUUCAGCACUACAGUAGUAAUGCAAUUAGAGUCACAUGCAUAUAAUUGGUGUGUUAUUGAUGUGAAGAGCAGAUGGGUGUCAUGAGUCAGGACUGGGUAGAUGUAUGUGGUCUUGGUCCUGGAUCAGGGGUCAGGACUGUGCAGAUGUGUGUGCUCUGGGUCCUGGAUCAGCUGCUACAGACAAACAUGAGGUCUGAACACUGGAACCUGGACAGGGACUCAGAUGAAGCUUUUGUCCUUGAACUUAAACCACCUCAGUCCAGUUCCCCCUCUGAGGGUCUGCAGGACCUGUAUCAGGACAUGUGGUGGUUCCUCAGCUCUGAUGGUCAAAGAGAAACAGUGAAAUACAUAAUGUUCCUGUAGCAGUGUGUAACAUGAUGUGAUGAUAUUUACCCUCUGCAGCUCGUCAUAUGAUGUUCCAGCUGUUGUCAUGAAGACCAUGUUUUACUGAUAUUUAUUUGAAUCAGCCACAAGAAGAACCUCUGACUAAGGGUCACCUGUCGGACUGGAGAAGCACAGGUGUUUUUGUGUGGUCCAGAUCAGUGUCAUGGGAACAAGACUUCACUGGACCUUCACCCAGCAGAGGGAGAAGAGAUAAACCCCAGAGUGCUUCAUCAGCUGGUUCUCACCGACUCUGACAGGAGGGACCGUGUAAAACCAGCGUCACUGACUGAGUCUCUGGAUCUCCUCUCCCUCUUGUACAUGUCCCCGUAGCCUGUGGUGUGUGUGUGUGUGUGUGUGUGUAUGUGUGUGUAUGUUUGUGUGUGUUGUGUAUUCAGUGAUGUAACAGAUUGAUCAAUAAAAACACAGUUAAAGGGAAAAGAAGUGUAACACACUGAGUCUGAAGUUUCCUUCAACAUCCUGCACAGGGGAAAUUAUCAUGUAGAAUAAAAAUCAGGUGGCUCAGAACGUGAUGUAAACAUGUCUGAACAGACUGAAACCUGAGGCCUGUACUACGAAGCAGGAUUUGAGGUCAUGGAGGUAACUUCAGGUUUAACUAGAGUUUCAGCCCUACCACGGUGGUUCACUUGUUACCGGGGUAAAUCACCAUGGUAACUUACACUGAACUCCUAACGUGCUCUGGCGCAGGUUAACUUCAGAGGAUCAGAUCAAAACCUGUCAACAGCCAAACUUCUGACCAAUCAAAUCACUGGAAAAACUGAGUCAUAAUUCCUACAGGAUCCUGACAGGGACAAAAGAGUUUAAAAUAAAGUGAUAAAUAAUAAUGACUGGUUUUAAAACACAGCUCCAAAAAAAAUUAUAAAAAUUCUACUAUAAAAAAAUAUUUUAGCUUCAUUUUAAUUUAACACAGAUUCUUUAAUCCAACAGGAUUUCAGACAGUGUCGCUGCUCUUACUCUCUUCUUCAUCACUGCAGCUCAGAAUAACAUGAGGAGACUCUGAGACCCCAACUGGAAAUAAAAACUAAACCAACAAUGAUCCACACACUGCUAAUUAUUUCCAUGAUUAUAAAUAAACAUUUCAGUCAGACUGACUCAUCAGACAUCAACUACUCCUCUCCUCUUUUCUUUCUCUCCUCUCUGCAGCAGAAACAGUCUGACUUUAACUUUAACUGUUUUAUCUGCAUCACAUGUUCAUCACAGUUUGUUCAUCAUCCGACUGAAGAGCGAAAAUACUCAGUAAGAAACAUAAUGAUAAUUCAUGCACUUAUUUACAAUAUAUCUCUUUAGUUUGACUUUAAUAGAAAUUCCAGUCAUGAAAUUCCAGUCAUGUGAUCAUAUGGUUUACAUUUCACCUUGUCGAACAUCACUUUUAGACAUGGCUGUAAUCGAAAUUACCGGCAGGUAAACCCAGGGUUAACUGAGCCAGUUGAUAACCAGCUUUGUAGUACAGGUUUUCCACAGCCAAUGUUAGGUUCAGUUAACCCGGAUAACUAAAAGCUAUCCUGGGUAUGUUCAACUCGCUUUGUAAUUCAG